UCAGAUGUAUCGUCCAAUGAUCAAACUCAGCCUAAAUACUUAAAGAGUUCAGCUAUCUACCAACAGUUGGCCAGCAACCGCAACUGGUGUUGUAGAACUUGUGGGCUCUGCCUAUAAUACCUUUUUGUUCCAUUGAAAAGCUACCUUUAUUUUUAUCCCCCAUUUUUCUACCCUCUGCUAUCAUUUGUUCUCCUCUGUCUUAUACUAUAAGGGGCUUCCUUACAUUCAACUCUAGGUUAGCAAAUUAUCCUCUUUUCCUUUUACAGCACUCCCCAGUCCAUUGCAUUCAGUUUAUAUAUAGGAAAGUUUCAACUGGGAUGUUCCAGCAUGAGAGCUAAGAGUUUGAUAAGGAAGAGGAAGUAUAGCAUUAGAGGGAAAUUGAGGAAUAUGAUCAAGUGCAUAGGUUUCAAGGAGCUGUUAAGUGUGGAUAAAAUGAGUACUCAUUCAUCAGAGUCUCUGGCAACCAGAGACUAUUCAGCGAGUGGUGGUUUUUCAUCUCGUCCCGGUGAAAACGAUACAAAGGUGGAUAAUAGCAACAUUGAGGAAGCAGAGUCUUCUCUUCGUGAAAGUGGUUAUUUGAACUAUGAGGAAGCUAGAGCCUUGUUGGGAAGACUUGAGUACCAGAGAGGUAAUAUUGAAGCUGCACUUCAUGUAUUUGAAGGAAUAGAUAUUGCUGCUGUCCUUCCCAAGAUUAAAUUUUCUAUAUCUAGAAGAUUGGAACCCAAUAGACGCAAUUCACAAAGUGAUGCAGUGCCUCCUAUGUCAAUACAUGCUGUUAGUUUACUCCUUGAAGCUAUUUUUCUCAAAGCUAAAUCACUGCAGACUCUAGGAAGGUUUCAAGAUGCUGCCCAAUCUUGCAGAACAAUUUUAGACACUGUUGAAUCAGCAUUACCAGAAGGGUGGCCUGAAAACUUUGUUUCAGACUGCAAAUUACAUGAGACCCUAACAAAUGCUGUAGAACUGCUUCCUGAGUUGUGGAAUCUUGCUGGUUCUCCUCAAGAUGUUAUUUCCUCGUUCCGGCGAGCCUUGCUUUAUCGUUGGAAUCUCCAUGCAGAAGCCGUUGCGAGAAUUCAGAAGGAAUUUGCUUUGUUUCUUUUGUAUAGUGGUUGUGAAGCAAGUCCUCCUUCUCUCCGCUCGCAGCUGGAUGGUUCCUUUGUGCCGAUAAACAACUUGGAGGAGGCUGUUCUUCUGCUUCUGAUUCUCCUGAGAAAAUCAGUUCUUGGAAGCAUUUUAUGGGACCCUUCAAUAAUUGACCACCUUUCUUUUGCUCUGAGUGUUUGUGGGGAACUUAAGACUCUGGCUCAACAGGUUGAGGAGUUUCUUCCAGAAACCAUGGAGGGAAAAGAAAGAUAUUACACACUAGCUCUAUGUUACUGUGGGGAAGGUGAGAGUAUGAUUGCUUUGGAUCUUUUGAGAAACUCUUUGAGUAAUAGAGAGAAUUUGGACUGCAUACAGGAAUUACUUCUAGCUUCGAAAAUUUGUGCAGACAACAACGUUUGUGUUGCAGAUGGAAUCAAAUAUUCUAGCAAAGCCAUUUCUCAGAUGAAUGGAAAAUGCAUCCAAAUGGUAGCUAUUGCAAAUUGCUUACUAGGUGUGCUACUGUCAGCAAAAUCCAGGUCAGUUUCCUCCGAAUUUGAGAAGGCUUCGAUGCAGUCUGAAGCACUCAGUGCUCUAGAAUCUGCUGAGAGAAUGAUGAGGGAGAAUGAUCCAUUCAUUGUCCAUCAUCUUUGUGUAGAAUAUGCCGAGCAGAGGAAAUUGGAGUUGGCUUUUUAUCAUGCAAAGAAACUGAUUAAGCUGGAGGGUGGGUCUAGUAUUAUUGGAUAUUUACUACUAGCGCGGAUUUUAUCAGCUCAGAAAAAGUUUUUAGAUGCUGAGAUUGUCGUUGAUGCUGCUCUAGAUCAAAGUGGAAGAUGGGAUCAAGGUGAAUUGUUGAGAACUAAAGCUAAACUACGGAUUGCGCAAGGAAAAUUAAAGAAUGCGGUGGAGACAUAUACUUUUCUUCUUGCUGUUCUUCAAGUCCAAAAUAAAUGUUUAGGUACUGCAAAUAAGGUUGUCAAGCGUAAAGGAAACCGUGACAGAAGACUAGAAAUGGAAAUAUGGCAUGACUUAGCCAAUUUAUACUCAAAGUUAUCUCAGUGGCAUGAUGCUGAAGUUUGUCUUGCAAAAUCUGAAGCUAUUAAUCCCUAUUCUGCUUCUAGAUGGCACUCCACAGGUUUACUUUUUGAUGCUAGAGGUCUUCAUCAAGAGGCUCUGAGAUCAUUCAGAAAAGCAUUAGAUAUUGAGCCUAACCAUGUGCCAAGUUUGGUAUCCACAGCCUGUGCUCUUAGACAUUUUGGUGGCCAAUCAUCUUCAAUUGUUAGAAGCCUUCUCAAUGAUGCACUAAGGCUUGACAGAACAAACCAAUCUGCAUGGUACAAUCUUGGACUGCUCUAUAAAGCUGAUUUAGGGGCAUCAGCACUGGAAGCUGUUGAAUGCUUUGAGGCAGCGGUACUUCUUGAAGAAUCUUCACCCAUUGAACCAUUUAGAUAAACUAAAUUUUUUUGACAUAUAUUAUAGCAAGUUAUAUGUAUGCUGAUGACUCUUAUGAAUGAAAUAGUCCGAUAGGAAAAGAAGAAAGAUCACUAGGAAAGUUUGUAUCAAUUUUUACAAGUCAUCAUUCAUAUAUAUCGUUUAUGUUGGCGGAAAUAUGAAUGUUUGGUAAUUAGGGUUCUAAGGUGAUUGUGAUUUAUGUGUACAUUUCCUCUCUGUCAGUUUACUUAGGAAUUAGGAAAUAUAUUAUUGAGUUGUUUACAGAAAAA